ACAGAGGCAAGGGCUAUGAACAAUCUUGGGGUGGCAGGUCUCACAUUUUGGAGCCCUAACAUCAACGUGGUCAGGGAUCCAAGAUGGGGAAGAACCCUAGAGACUCCUGGGGAAGAUCCCUAUGUUGUUGGUCGCUAUGCUGUUAACUAUGUCAGGGGCUUGCAGGAUGUUGUGGGCCAAGAAACUACCAAGGAUCCGAAUAGCAGACCGCUCAAGGUUGCGGCUUGCUGCAAACACUAUGCUGCGUAUGAUAUUGAUAAAUGGACUGAUAAGGGGAACAUGCUCAUCGAUCGGUUCCACUUCAGUGCUAAUGCUACUGAGCAAGAUAUGGUUGAGACGUUCCUCCGUCCUUUUGAGAUGUGCGUUAAGGAUGGUGAUGUUAGCAGCGUCAUGUGCUCGUAUAAUAAUAUUUGGGGCAUCCCAACAUGUGCUGAUGCAAGGCUUUUGAGAGGAACAAUCAGAGGGGAUUGGAAUCUUCACGGUUACAUUGUUUCCGAUUGUGAUUCAAUCGAGACUAUAGUUACGAGUCAGAAGUUCUUAGAUGACACUCCAUAUGAUGGAGUUGCUCAAGUCUUGAAUGCUGGGCUGGACAUGGAUUGCAUGUACUAUUAUCAAAACUACCUCGAGUCGGCAGCAUUGCAGGGUCUGGUUAAAGAAAGUGAUAUGGACAACGCCUUGAUUAAUGACUUCGUUGUUCUCAUGAGGCUUGGUUGGUUUGAUGGCCAACCUGUUUAUGACUCACUAAAUGCCAAGGAUAUUUGUUCCAAGGAGCAUAUUGACUUGGCAACAGAUGCAGCAAGGCAAGGAAUAGUUUUGCUCAAGAAUAAUGGCAAUGCUUUGCCUCUAAGCACCGAUAAGCACAAGAAUAUUGCCAUCGUUGGCCCUCAUGCUCAGGCCACCUCAGUCAUGAUUGGAAAUUAUGCAGGUGUUCCAUGCAAGUAUGUCUCGCCCGCUGAUGGCCUAAAGGUGUAUGCCAAUGUUACAACCCAGAUGGGUUGUGCUGAUGUUUUCUGCAAGAAUGAAACAUUCAUCUUCCCUGCUGUCAGGGUUGUAAGGAAUGCUGAUGCUACGAUCAUCGCCGUAGGUCUCGAUCAGAAUGUCGAGGCCGAGGGCCUUGACCGUCUCAAUCUUGAUCUUCCUGGUUAUCAAAAUAUGCUCAUCCGGCAAGCAGCUCAAGCAUCAAAGGGGCCUGUCGUUCUUGUCAUCUUCUCAGCUGGAGGUUUGAAUAUUACUGAAUUUCAAAAAUCUAAUGACAUUGAUGCCAUUAUCUGGGCUGGUUAUCCUGGCGAACAAGGAGGUGCUGCCAUUGCAGAUAUUCUUUAUGGAAAACACAAUCCAGGAGGAAAGCUUCCAAUUACGUGGUACCCAGGGGACUAUGUUUCUCAGCUGCCCAUGACAUCCAUGAACCUUCGUCCCAUCGAUGAGCUUGGCUACCCUGGAAGGACCUACAAAUUCUACAAUGGCUCGGUCAUCUACCCAUUUGGCUACGGUCUCAGCUACACUCAGUUCACUUAUGCUGUGACCUCACCUCAAAAGAUGGUGAGCAAGAAGCUGGCGUUCAACUUGCACUGUGUGCAGCUCAGCUUCAACAACACGGCUUACAUCCCACCAUGCCAUGGAGCUCGCAUCAGUGACCUUGCAUGCGACCAGGACGAUAUCACCAUCGAUGUUUCUGUGACCAACACCGGGAAGGUUGAUGGUACUGAAACCGUGAUCCUGUUCUCACGUCCACCGCAGGGUAUUGUUGGUGCUCCCAUCAAGCAAGUGAUUGGAUUCCAGAGCGUGUUCGUGGCUGCCGGCAAGACCGCGGUGGUGACGUUCGGUCUUAACUCAUGCAAGACUUUGAGCAUCGUCACUGGAUCAGCCUAUGUUGCUUUACCGACAGGCCAGCACACCAUCGUCGUUGGCACUGGUAGCAAUGCCAUUGAAUUCCCCUUCCAGGUUACCUUAAAGAAGUAG